AUGGUACAGAAAACGAAAGUUGAGGGUCCGUCCCAGGCCGAACAACUACUGAGAGUUACCUCUGGAAUUGCGGCAGAGUUGAUUAAGGCGCACGAUGCGAACCAAACAGUCUCGUUGAACGAGCUGCGAGCAAAGAUGAGCAAGAAAUAUGGAUUUGGGGGUGUACCACGGUUGGUGGACAUCAUCAGUGCCAUUCCUGAUGACUACAAGAAGGCUCUCUUGCCAAAGCUAAAGGCACGUCCCAUCCGGACAGCAAGUGGGAUUGCAGUAGUUGCCGUGAUGUGUAAACCGCAUCGGUGUCCGCAUAUCGCAAUGACGGGUAAUAUAUGCGUGUACUGCCCAGGAGGUCCGGAUUCUGACUUCGACUACAGCACGCAAAGUUACACCGGAUAUGAGCCUACCAGUAUGCGAGCGAUCCGUGCGCGUUACGAUCCGUACGAGCAGACAAGAGGACGAGUGGAGCAACUGAAGAGCUUGGGACAUAAUGUAGACAAGGUUGAGUUCAUAAUCAUGGGAGGCACCUUCAUGAGCAUGCCCGAAGACUAUCGGAACAAGUUCAUCGCCCAACUUCAUAACGCACUUUCUGGAUUCACCGGCCUCGACGUGGAUGAAGCUGUCCGCUAUUCUGAGCAGAGCAGGUCGAAGGCUAUCGGUAUUACCAUUGAAACCCGACCGGAUUACUGUCUCAGACCACAUUUGAGUCAAAUGCUCCGUUACGGCUGUACACGGCUUGAGAUCGGUGUCCAAUCCGUAUACGAAGAUGUAGCUCGAGACACCAACCGCGGGCACACCGUUCGCGCUGUCUCCGAAUCCUUCCACCUAGCCAAAGACGCAGGCUUCAAAGUCGUUGCACAUAUGAUGCCCGAUCUUCCGAACGUCGGCGUUGAGCGCGAUCUUGAGCAGUUCAAGGAGUAUUUCGAGAAUCCCGCCUUCAGGAGCGACGGACUGAAAAUCUAUCCGACACUAGUCAUUCGGGGAACAGGUCUGUAUGAACUUUGGCGGACUGGACGAUACAAGAACUACACGCCAAACGUGCUCGUCGACGUCGUAGCGAGGAUAUUGGCCCUAGUUCCUCCCUGGACACGAGUAUAUCGAGUGCAAAGAGAUAUCCCACUGCCGCUGGUCUCAAGCGGUUGCGAGAACUCCGGGAACCUCCGCGAGUUGGCACUGAAUCGCAUGAAAGACUUCGGUGCAGAAUGCCGCGACGUUCGGUACCGUGAAGUUGGGAUCCAUGAGAUCCACCAUAAGGUUCGGCCAGAGUCUGUCGAGCUUCUCCGCCGAGAUUACGCGGCAAAUGGGGGUUGGGAAACCUUUCUCUCGUACGAAGACCCGGAGCGCGACAUCUUAAUCGGUCUACUGCGGCUUCGAAAAUGCUCCGAUGAAGGGACGUUCCGGCCAGAGUUGGUCAGGAAAGAAGGGGCAGAGGGCGGCUGCAGUAUUGUCAGAGAGCUGCAUGUGUACGGUACGGCGGUGCCAGUGCACGGCCGGGAUCCGACGAAAUUUCAGCAUCAGGGCUUCGGGACGCUUCUGAUGGAGGAGGCAGAGCGGAUAGCACGGGAAGAGCAUGGCAGCGUCAAGCUGGCCGUCAUCUCCGGUGUGGGUACUCGAGAUUACUAUCGUCGACUGGGGUAUGAACUAGACGGGCCGUACAUGAGCAAAUUACUGCUAUAA